AUGACGCAGAUCAUUCUCUCCACGGGCAAUGUCAUGUCCGCAGGGCCGACCAUCAUUCGCAAACGAGGCACCAAUAGGUCGAAUCUCGAGCUCGUCAACUCGCUUCAGAGCAGCUUCGCCUCCGCAAAAGAAGAUUUCGCCCCCGCCACGAACGGCAGCGCCCACGCCCCCACCCCAGUUGAGGCGUGGACGGAGCGCCAGGGCGGGACGCUGUUCGUCCCCAGAAUCAGCUGGCAAGGCGCCGGUCUCCGGGACGAGGCGAGCCAGUACGAGAUCACCGUCAAGCUGUUCUUCCUGCGCGACACCCUGGUGAAGGAGCGGGAGCAGUUUGCACGCGAGGCACUGGAGCUGGUCAGGAGGGAGCUUAGGAUCCAGUCCAUUGACCUCCUAGUCGUUGCCUUCCCUGGCAUCUCGUUCGAGGGCGACUGCGAGUGGGAGGCUGACAGGGUCAAUGCGGUCCAGGGGAACCUGGACGACGAGGUUGCGACCUGGAAGGUGCUCGAGGAGUUCCACAGCCAGGGCCUCGUCAAGAAGCUGGGGGUGUCAGAGUUUGGGAGCGAGAAGCUCAGGGCGUUCAUGGAGAGGACGACGGUUCGUCCCACCGUCGACCAGAUCAACCUCCACAACUGCUGCAACGUACCGCCGCCGCUCAAGGCGCUUGCGGAGAAGUACGACAUCCAGCUCAACGUUCACACGGACAGCACAGAUAUCCUGCCCUGCGGCACCUUGCGCGAGAUUCUGGGCCCACAAGGCGCGGGCGUCUUGGCCGACUCUCCAACCGGGAGCGAUGGUCUGAGGGGAGAGAUAACUCCACACUGGGUAGUGAGGUAUAUGGCUUUUGUUCAAGAUAGAGGAGUCAUUGAGAACAAGGGCUACUUUGCCAGUUCCGGUUGGGAUGAGAAGCCCUAG